AGCACUAUUAAGUAAAUAAAGUAUAGUAAAGAUGUCGUUCAUUAACAUAUGUCGUGACAACACCGAUCCAUUCUAUCGGUAUAAAAUGCCGGCACUUCAAUCCAAAACUGAAGGUAGAGGUAACGGUAUUAAAACUCUUAUUGGAAAUUUAAGUGAAGUAGCUCGUGCCUUAGGUAGACCACCAGCUUAUGUAAUUAAAUAUUUUGGUUAUGAAUUAGGAGCUCAAACAUCUAUUGAUGAUGCUAAUGAUCGUUAUUUAGUUAAUGGAGCUCAUGAUACUAAUGAAUUACAAGAUUCACUCGAUGGAUUUAUUAAUAAAUUUGUUCUUUGUGGAUCAUGUAAAAAUCCUGAAACUGAAAUUCAAGUUAAGGGUAAAGAUAAUUUAGAAAGAGAUUGUAAAGCUUGUGGUAAAAUAAGUCCUAUUGAACCAAAACAUAAAUUAUAUUCAUAUAUUGUUAAAAAUCCUCCUGCUUCAAAAAAGGGUAAAAAAGCUGCUACUGCCACUGCUAAUGUUGUUGGAGGUGGUAAAUCAAUUUCUGAUAUUGCUCAAGAUUCCAACGGUGGAGUUGAUGGUGAAUUAGGUGAUGGAGAUGAAGAUGAUGAUAUUUUAGCUAAGAAAUUUAAUAAAGAAGCUGCUGCUUUAGAAACUGUAGUUGUUAAAGAUGAAGAUUGGUCAGUUGAUAUGUCAGAAGAAGCUGUAGCUGCAAGAGCAAGAGAAUUAGAAGGUUUAAAUUUAAAUGAAACUCAAUCUAAAUUUAAUGAAUUAGGUGAAUGGUUAUUACAAGAAUCUGAAGAUUCAAAAGAUGAUUUACCAUCCGAUGUUGAAAUAUAUAAAAAGAUUUCUGAAUUAGAUAUUAUUGAUCAAGCUGAAACCGUUCAAGUAUUAGCUCAAGUAUUAUUUGAUGAAGAUAUUGUUAAUCAAAUUGAUGCUCAUAGUGGAUUAUUAACUAAAUUAAUUAAUGGACAAGAAGAAUUUGAAAAGGCAUUAUUAGGAGGUUUAGAAAGAUUUCUUGGAUUAGAAAAACCAGAUUUAAUUCCAAAAGUUCCUGCUAUUUUACAUAUUUUAUAUGAUAAAGAAAUCAUUAGUGAAGAAGUUAUAAUUGCUUGGGGUAGUAAAGUAUCUAAAAAGUAUGUUGCUAAGGAUAUUUCCAAAAAGGUUCGUAAAGCUUCUAAAAGUUUUAUUAAAUGGUUAGAAGAAGCUGAAGAAGAAAGUGAUGAAGAAUAGUGGGCUUAUUGUUAAUUUACGUUUACUAGUUAAUUAGUUCUUUAGUUUUCUUAUAUAUAUUUUAUAUUCAUUAAUGUAAAUAUUGGUUAAAAUUAAACUAUUCAUAUUGUAAAUAAUUUAUCUUUGUGGUGGAGGUGGAGGUGGAGGAGGU